UCCAGAGCGCAACAAUGGAUUCGAUUUCCCGCAAAAUGUCGAUAGUAGAGCUUGCUUCUCCGUUCCCUGGGAGAUUCCUGGGGACAGAUAUGAAAUAAGAGUCCAGCCGAGAAGAAGGCUCGUUAGGGAAACUCACGUGCUCGAUUUAACCUCCCCAGAUUGGCGCGUCCCCGAAUUCGCUCCAGAGGAAGAGGCAGCCAAGAGAGGAGAGGAGUCGACGUCUCCCCUGGGAUCGAUCCGCCCUGAGGAAGAGCUCUUUCCGGAGGAGACAGUUUCGACACGACCUUCGAGUAAGAGCAAACGAGAGGCCGACACUCAGACCCAGCAGCAGAGCAAGAGUACUCAGUGCGACCUUACCGAGAGCCCCGAGAGAUCGAUAAGGGCCUUAAAGCAGAGCUGCACGCAGAAAUCCACGAGCAGCCCCAAAAGAGAGGUCGAGACCCAAACCGAAGGAGAGAACAAGAGCACCCAGUGUUACGCCGAGAAUUUCCCUCAGGCUUUUCCCAGCAAGGACCACAAGAUCGUAGAGACCACCGAGACCUAUAGAACUCCAGAUUUCCCAGCGAGUCCUAAAAAGGAAGCAGAGGUCCAGACCGAGCAGGAAUCCAAGGCUGUCCAGUGUGGAGACGGCCUUGAUCUUGAACUCGAGGCCCUACCAGGGUCGAGGUCCUCGUUUGGUCAUGAAGUAAGGUCCUCUGGUAGAGAGACCUCCCUCAGGGUCGCGUUUCGAAGCCCGGAACGCAGUGUCGAUUUCGAGAGCCCUCGGGAGUCGGCCUUCGAGAGCUCCGAGUCCUCCUGCGACAGUCCAGGAUACUCCUUUCCUGUCGUUCUGCUCACACAGGAGGAUCUCGAGAUGACGGUCACCCAUGGGUACAGGGACAGAGAUGGAAACGUUGUCUGGGCCAAACAUUGGGGCCCGGAAAGACUCGUCGAGAUCUACAGGGAUCCCAAGUCCAGCCUUGGUCUCAGCAUCGUCGGGGGAAAGGUCGACCUGUGCAACGAGGCGGGCAACACUCAAAAUAUAUCCGGCAUCUUCAUCAAGAACGUCUUGCCGAACAGUCCUGCCGGAAGAACAGGAGAGCUGAAGACCGGAGAUCGGAUAAUCGAGGUGGACGGCGUGGACUUGCGAAGCAGUACCCACGAACGUGCAGUAGAAGUGAUCCAGGCUGCCGGAAAUCCUGUGUGUCUCCUGGUGCAGUCUCUUGUGCAUUUGAGUCCCGAGGAUGAGAGACGAAUGCAGGAUGAAAGGAGGAACGACGGUAGAACCGCCAGACAAGGAAGCAGGGAUUUCCUAGACCAAAGUGGGGUCUCCAUGGGAACUCCCACGACUUCCUUUUUUCAAAAGCAGCAAAGUUCGCCUGGGAGGUCGCCGGAAGUGAUACAGGAAGGAGUGCAAGACCCAAAUAGGACCGGAAUCGGAAGGACAGAUUCUCGGAGACAGUCGAGUAGAAGAGGCGUGGAUGGAGCCGGACCGGCAGCGCGAAGAUCCUCCAUGAAGAAGUCAAUUCGCAAGAAGGCCCCUUCUCCGCCGAAGGGAACGCUCGGCGAGGUCGCCGAGGAACGCGAAGAGCAGCCGCCACCUCCGAAACCGAAGCAGGAGGCCCCGAAGAAGAAGUACUCCUCGGACGAAAGUUCCGACGAGGAAGACACUCGAGAUCUCGAGGGGAACGUGUACACGAAGGCUGGGAUCGAGAUCUCGAGGAGAAGUGCGGGGAACGUAAAGCGAACUAAGGAGGAGAUCGAAGCGGAUACGGAACAGGAAGACGAAUUCGGUUACACAGCUAACAAAGUAAAGAAGAAGUAUCAUGGGACCGGACACCCUGUGGCAUUGGUGGCGUUGGAGAAGGACAGAAGGGGCUUGGGCAUUUCGUUGGCUGGACAUAAAGACAGAAAUAGGAUGGCCGUCUUUGUAUGUGGCCUCAAUCCGAAAGGCGUUGCUCAUAAAACCGGAGGCCUACAGAUCGGGGACGAGAUAUUGGAGGUGAACGGUAUAGUAUUGCAAGGCAGAUGUCACCUGAACGCUUCUGCCGUCAUUAAGGGAAUGCCCGGUGCCAUAUUCAAAGUCGUAGUCAUGCGGAAGCCUUCCGGUCUGAACGAUCUCGCCGUGAAGCCGAUCGUACAAUUUCCACCGUCCAUCGACGACAACGAGGAACUUUUUAAUCAGUACAAAGGAGUGCGACUGAUAUCCGUGAAGAAGGGUCAAUACGGCUUGGGCAUUAUGAUAAUUGAAGGGAAACACGCCGAAGUCGGGCAAGGAAUAUUCGUAUCGGAUAUUCAGGAAGGGAGUGCCGCCGAACAGGCUGGUCUGCAAGUCGGCGACAUGAUACUCGCCGUGAACAUGGAUUGCCUUCUAGGAUCUACCUACGACCAGGCGACGAAUCUUCUUAAGAAGACAGAAGGUGUUGUGAGGCUAACCGUUUGCAAUCCGAACCAAAGUAAAGUAGCAGCAGAAGAGGAAGCAAAGGCCAAAGGAAUAGAGUUGAAGGUAGAAGAAAAACCGAAAGAGCCCGAGAAGCCGAAAGAACCGGAACCACCGAAAGACCCGAAAGACUGCGAAAUCUUGGUCGGAAGAGAAACGACGAUUGAAUUCCCGAAAGAUAAGGAUAAAGCGAUCGGCUUCGACGUAACGGGAGGAUCCGACACUCCUGUGGGUGGAGUGUUCAUACUCGACGUGUUUCCGGAUGGUGCAGCAGGAAAGGACGGUCGAUUAAAACCGGGGGAUCAGAUAAUCGAGAUGUGUCACGAAAGCUUUAAGGAGAUAGAGCAGGCGAAAGCACACGAGGCGGUCCUCAAAGUGACCGUGGGCCCGGUACUAAUGAUAGUGUUUCGUGAUGAGAAACCACCGGAAGAGAUAGAUGUUGAGCUUCAAAAGAAACCUGGCAAAGGAAUAGGUCUUUGCUUGACUGGCUUCAAGAGCGGCAAGGGAGCUUACGUGUCGGACAUGGUUGCAGGCUGCAGUGCGUUAGAGAGUGGGAAAAUCGUGAAAGGCGACAGGGUAAUAUCAGUAGGUGGACAGGACGUACGCGAGUCUCCCGUCGAGGACAUUGCUGUACAUAUGAAAGUAUCUAACCCGGUGCAACUGAAGCUCGCGAGGUAUAAAGCUGCCAAGCAAUGACAGGGAUCCGCAAACAAGACCUGCACAUCCCUCGACCCGUGCCCGAUACCGUGGAGGGUACCGUGCAGAAAUAGGGGACUUUAGUGUGAUAUAAAUUUAAAAGUUAGCGUUAAAGGAGCUAAGCUUAGUCUAGACUAAGAUGUAAAUGAUUUAACAAAGUCACACUUGUACGUAGCACUACCAAGUAGUAUUCCGAAGGCCACUGGACGUAGCGAGUGAUUAUAAAAUAUUCGAUCGUAAGGGGGAAAUUCUAGGAGAAUUUGGAGGACGAUCGAAGGCUUCGUUAUUAAGAAUUGUAAUACCUAGGCGCCCACUAGACAAUGGUCGUAGAUACUGCGAUCGCAAAUGCUAAACUUCAAGACGUCUGCAUUACUUUUUCACGACGGUUUUGGAACCGGGAGAAAUACUCGCCGUGAUACUCAAGCUUCUGCCCGAGAGUAUUCUAGAUAUACAUAGCGUCACAUCUCCGAGUCUAAUUUCAGGAAUACCUUAAGCAUCCCGAGGUAUUUUAUACGGAUGAUUUUUCUUACGAUGGCUACAACGUCCCAAGAGGCUUGAAACCGCUUUUAGCGUUAAAUAAUGUACGCGUGACUCGUUGACCGCGACACGCGUCUUGGGAAAAUGCAGAAGCAGGAUUUCUGUCGUACCGGGGUUGUUCCAAAAGUAAUCUCUCAAAUUCUUUCAGGCUACCGUGCCCUUCUGUUCGAUUCAGCAAACCCGUGCCAAACAGCGGCGCGAUAAAUGCCAUCAUUCGGUGCAUCGAGAAAGUGCGUUGUUACGGAAGAAUGUUAUCACCACGGUAUCACUGCCAAGCAAUCAUAAGUCGCUACAAGUUAAGUACUACAUUUUCUUUAGCGUCGAUCACACCGCUCGCAAGUAUACAACUGAUUGAUGGCAUCCUGAUCGUAAUGCUACCGAGGCUAGGCAAGUGCUCUCGCAAAGUUCAUUUUGGUACCCGGAAUAUUUGGUACCAUUAUUCCUUCAAUUUAAUUCCGCCUUCGUGAUCUUCAAUUUCGCGCGGAAUGAAAAUCCGGACAUUACAUUUGAGCAACCCUCGUACAAACUAGAAAGGACCAGGAUCCACGUAAUUCGUAAAGUUGUAUCUUUAUAAGAUCUAGAUUUAGACGUUGAUCCGAUGCGUAGCGUCGAGAUAAAUUUUACACUACCUUAAUUGAACAUGUAAUUGACAAAUAGAUAGAUCAGACUUCGAUUUCACGCUAACACCCUGACAAUGUACAAUAAAAAGCUGUUUCUACUUAGGAAACAGGCACGAGCAAGAG